AUGUUCCGCGCAUGUUGGCAGCGUCUUGUGGGAAGGCCUUCCUUAUUGUGUGUUCAACAGAAAAGAAGCCUUUAUGACGGUAAACUACACAUUUCUGCUGAAGUAUGCAGUGCUUUGAAGAAUGGUCAACCUGUUGUGGCUUUGGAAAGUACAAUAAUUAGCCAUGGAAUGCCAUACCCACAAAAUCUCAGAACUGCUCAAAUGGUGGAACAAAUUAUUCGAGAAAAUCACUGUGUUCCUGCAACAAUUGCUAUUAUUGAAGGAAAGAUCCAUGUGGGGCUCCAAGAGAAGCAAUUGGAACAACUGGCCCAUCCAUCUUUUAAAUGUAUCAAGACAGCCCGUAGGGAUCUACCUUACAUCAUGGCAAAGAAAUUAAAUGGAGGAACCACAGUUUCAGCCACAAUGCUUUUGGCACAGAAAGCUGGAAUUCCCAUCUUUGUGACUGGUGGAAUUGGUGGAGUUCACAGAGGAGCAGAAUCAACCAUGGACAUAAGUUCUGAUCUCACAGAACUUGGCAGAACACCUGUCACUGUUGUGUCUGCAGGAGUGAAGUCUAUUUUAGACAUUGGAAGAACGUUGGAGUAUUUGGAAACCCAAGGAGUUUGUGUGGCAUCAUUUGGACCAACCACCGAUUUCCCAGCAUUUUUCACUCCCAAAAGUGGCUUUCAUGCACCAAUGAAUGUGAAGAACCCUCUAGAAGCAGCUCAGCUCAUUGAUGCUCAUUGUAAGUUGGCACUUGAAAGUGGAGUUCUUAUUGGUGUUCCUUUACCAGAAGAAUUUGGCUUCCUUGGAGAGAAAAUUGAGACAGCCAUUAAAAAAGCAGUGACGGAGGCAGAAGAUCAUGGAAUUCAUGGAAAGGAUAUUACGCCAUUUAUAUUACGACGUGUUGCAGAACUUACUGAGGGAGCCUCUUUGGAGUCAAGUAUCCUUUAUCUGUGUAAAUUGCAGCAAUCCUCAAGGGAGACCACUCAUGCUGUGAGUUGUGUGAAACCAAAGGAAAAAGCAAUUGUAAUUGGUGGUACCAUCCUUGAUUUCUACAUAAGAUUAGAAAAUGAAUACAAGCUUGUAACUGAUGGACAAAUGAUUCCUGGAACUUGCAGCCAGUCAUAUGGUGGUGUGGGCUUCAAUAUUGCCAACUGCCUCGGUAAGUUGGGCUUGCCUAACCUCUUCAUUUCGGCUGUUGGACAGGACCCAAUUGGAACUCAGUUCCUAAAAAGCUUCAAUCAAGUUGAUUUAUCUGGAGUCCUACAAAUCCCUGGACAAUUGACAGCUUUGUACUGUGGUUUUCUUCAGCCUCAUGGUCAUCUCAUCUUUGGAGUGGGUAAUGCUGCAAUUUUCGAAUCUAUUACAGUUCAACAGAUAUAUUCAAUGGAGAAUUACUUCAAGAAUGCACCAUUGGUUUGCAUUGAUGCAAACUUGACUAGUGAAGUCAUUUUAGCUGUAUGUGAACUUUGCCAAAAACAUGAGGUGCCAGUUUGGUUUGAGCCCACUGAGAAUGUCAAAGCAAGCAUUCCUUUCCAGUCUUCAGCAGGCAGCAUGUUCACAUACAUAUCUCCAAAUGAGUUAGAAUUCCAGGAGAUUCACAAGAUAGUCACUGGAGCCAAAACAGAAUCUCUUUUGAAAACUGACUUAAACCAAAAAGAGAAUGUGGAUGCUGUUUUGAAGAUGUAUGCGAUGAUGUGUCGUGACCUUAUUUCCCUGGUUCCAGUGAUCAUUGUGACUCUUGGAAAGCUUGGUGUGUUGAUUGCACAUUGUGAUAAAACAGCUACACAUUUACCUGUCAAAGGAUCAAGAGUUUCUAAACGACCUGAAGAUAUGGUUGCCAAAUAUUUUCCUGUUUAUGGUCUGGAAAAUGUCCACAGUGUAUCUGGGUCAGGUGAUUGUUUUGCAGCUGGGCUGUUAGCAGGCAUCCUUCAUGGUCAUCCGCUCGAAGUGUGUGUGAAACUUGGGCUUCUGACGGCUAAUCUCUCACUUCUCUCUACAGACACAGUCCCUGACACUAUCAAACCCAUUUGCUGCACCCCACUACACAUUUCUCAAUCUUACAAAGCCCCUCCUCCACGAAUCAUAGAAAUAUGA